UACACCUAAAAGCGCGUUGUGGCUGUAUUCCGCUGUUUGUCCUAUUAGCUUGCCGUAGUUGUUUCAAAAUGGCAGCGCCCUUGAAGAUGCUCUGCUCUUCAGCGUUAAGACAGACCGUGCGGCCCUUUUCAUCGACGUGUGCCACCUACGCAGGGAAGAAGUGGAGACUGGAGAAUGGAUUGGCCUGGACUGGAUCAGAAUACGGUCCAUUAACAGAUCUACCUGACUGGUCAUUUGCAGAUGGCAGGCCUGCACCCCCAUUAAAAGGACAACUCAGGAGGCAGAAGCAGAGGGAGGAGUUUGCAAGGAGAGCAGUGUAUCUAAACGCAGAGGUGGACCAAGGUAUGGAGACAUGGAGGGCGAAAAAAGAAGAAAAGGAAAGAACAAAAGAACAGUUAAAAUCAUCUAUGCUUAAACCUAAAGGAAAGCUGUUAUUAAAGAACAAAAAAUAAAGAUGCCUGAAUCAAAAGUAA